UUUUAGUACGUUUCCGUUUGUCAAAGUAAGGGGAGACAAUUAUCAAAUUACAUCUUUUCGGAUCGUCGUUAAUUCUUUAUUAUUUUCAAAUAUGGAUCAAGUUUACGACAAAAUAUAUGUAGGGGGAUUUGAAGAUGUUAAAGACGAAGAGAGCAUGUCUGAUGCCAAAAUUACUCAUGUUCUAAGUCUUCUGGAUAGGCCCCUACCUCCUGAAAUCCAGAAUAAAUACAAAUGUAAAUUCAUCCGUGUCUUGGACAUGCCCGAUGAAAACUUACUGACUUAUUUUCCUGAAUGUUUACGGUUUAUUGACGAAGCUCGAGUAAAUGGAGCUGUGAUAGUACACUGUCUUGUUGGUUGCUCCCGAAGUGCCACCGUGGUAAUUGCUUGGCUCAUGCAGAAAAAGCAAUUAGAUGUCAAAACUGCUUUAAAUAUGGUCAAAGACUGUAGACCCUGCAUCAGACCUAACACUGGAUUCCAGUUCCAGCUGGAGUUGUUUGCCCGAAUGGCUUAUGAUAUUAAUGUGAACAACAGUGAUUACAAAACAUUCAAGUUGAAUAUGUUUGGCUUGAAACUUGGUGAAGGUAAAAUUUUCAACAACGAUGUAAAAAACUUGCUCGUUGCUAGUCCAACAGAAAAUCAUCCCAAAACAGAAGUAUUGUAUAAAUGUAAGAAAUGCAGGCAUCCUUUGUUCCGUGAAAGCUCCCUUCUUUCACACACAACUGGAGACUGGGAGCGAUCCUUUGACUGGAAUUCCAAACUAUCAAAUCUUCGUAAAUCUGAUUCAGAAAAGAAUAAAGUUACUUGUAAAGAAUCUCUGUUUGUUGAACCUGUCCAAUGGAUGGCUGAUGUAGUUACUAAUCAGAGUGGCAAGCUAACAUGUCCAAAGUGUUUGGCAAAAAUUGGAUCAUUCAUUUGGUGUGGUGAAAAAUGCCCAUGUGGAUCAUGGGUUGCUCCAGCAUUUCAUAUCCAGAAAAAUAAAGUGGAUUUGUGUCGGCCCUUUGUUCUUGUUCCACGGGUUCUUCCUAACAACCAGUUUAUGCAAGAAACAGUUGCUACAUCCUGCAGCUGAGAGAUUAUGUUCAUCUUGACUGCCAAACCCAAAAAUUAAAAAUUUUGAACAAUUAUAAAUAAAGAGGUGGGGGGGGGGGAUAUACUUUUUUUUUUUACUUUGUUAUUUUGAUCCUAUCAAAUCCACAGCUGCUGGCAGCCAUAUUACAUGUGUGUACUACAUACUUAAGCCCUUUGCUCCUGAUGGAGCAUAGGACAUCAGCGACUUUCUUCCACUGGUCUUGACUUGUGGUGGGGCUGUCUCCUGGUGAUCAGAAAAGGGGUCAGCCUUGCAGUUUCCUUUUGGAUUUUACUAUACCACAUAAAGCCUUCUUCUCCCAGGUUUUGUUUGUUACGAAUUGUCACCUAUGUUUCUGUAACAUUGCUUUUUCUAGGUAGAGAUGUUGACCCUAUGCAAACCCAUUUUUACCUCUGGGAAGAGGUGGUCUAUAUUAGUCCAACCUCUGUCCUUUGACCUGUCCAGCACAGGAGGUCUUACUACAAGCUUCACUCUGCUGGCAUAGCUCUCUGAGUCACUGGGACACACAGGCCACCACAUCACAAUAAAGACUGGACUUUGUGGUGGAAUAUUACAUAUGGUUGUUACAAUUGUCUGUGAGUUUUGUCUGUCAGUCAAAUUAAAGUGUAAGUAGGGUAGGUAUACAGUGCAGAAGAAAGAUUUGAAGUUAGCUAUUGUCACCUGGAUGGAUGAACAAGUGAGACAAAUGGUUGUUCAAUGUGUGUUGUAGAGGUCAUCAUUAAAAUGAAAGCUCUUCUGCUCAAAGAAAAUCACUUGUUAUUCAGUACCAUAUUGAUCUAAGUAACAUGGCUGAUCAUCAGUUUUGUUCUUUUCAUUGUAUUCAAGAGAACAGCAUUGUUGUAUUGCUCUUUGCUCUAAUCGUUCCAUGUCACAUGAUUGGUACCUUGCACUAUUGGUAAUGGAGAUCUAUUAUUACUGGUUCUUUGUGAAGAUCUGAUGAGAUUUGUUCAAGAAUGGCUUGACCCUCCAACCACCUAAUUAUUAAUAUGCAUAAAAGAAGUUAUUUAUUGAUCUUCUUCAGCUUAUUUGAAUAUAAGAAGUGUGGUUUGUGUGUGUGUGUGUGUAUAUAUAGAUAUGUGUUGGUAUGUGUGUGUGAUAUAAAAUAUAUACAUAUACAUAUUUUUAGAGUUUGUCCAAGCUUUCAAUUUUGUCAUUUUCUUCUUAUAAGAAUGUAGCAUUUAAAUACCAAAUAAGUGUUAUAAAGAUAAUCUUUUAUGAAGCUUGUGAAGAUUUUAUGAUGACAUCAGCCAGCCAAAAUAUUUCUUUCAGUAACUGUGAACCUAAUUCAUUACUAUUCUCAUCCCUGUACCAUCAGAUCAACAAAUAACCCUUGGUUAUUUUCUUAACAAGCAUUCACCCCUGUGAUUGGCUUGGGGCUGUUCUCAGCAAAUUGCAUAUAGGCUGGUUGUCCAUUCACUGUUUCACAUUAUAAGUGCACUGCCAACACAUUCUUCCAUGUCGACUUUUGCUUCUCAUGGCUGGCAGCAAGUAUGGACACAGUACUAAAAUUACUUUGACAGAUGUUUCUGUGCAAUGAAAUAGUAAAAAUUACUUUUUUUACUCAAAAACAAUAUCUGCUACCUGCCACUUUAGCGAUUUUGUUAUUACUGAAAAAUUCCAUGCUGUCAGUUGCUCUGAUUAGGAAAGCUUUAUAAAUAAUUCCAGAAAUAAUUUGUGUAAACUUCCAAAGAAUCUUUUGCAC